ACUUGACCCUUGACGCUGGCCUAAGUGUCCGCGUCGGUGGGUAAAUCGCAAGCGUUCCGCGGGAUCGGCAGUCCCGCGUCAAUCAUCGCGCGCUUAAUUAUACUUACUUGGUACAUUGGCCGAAUUCCGUUAUUUAGCAGUCGUCGAUCACGUGCAUCCGCAUAUAUGAUCGCAUUCCCCCGCAUUACGUGAAACUUGUGAUAUCCAACGGGCGCGUCCUUCUACGUUCCGACGUAGAUGAUAAAUCCUUCUCUUUAGUUUCUUCUUUAUUUUUCUUCAUUAUUUUUCUUCUUUAUUUUUUUCCGUCUCGCCGCGAUACGGAAUUUUUUUUUCGAUUGUUUCAUCGAAUUGAUGUGUGUCAGCGUUUAUGCGAUAAUCUCAGUCAAGAAAGCGGAUUGAGACCAUGCACGUGGAAAAUGCGCUCGCGAUUGCCACAGGUUCACGCGCGAGGGUGAGACAACGCGAUUAGAAAAUUCCACAAUUAUUCGCAGGAAAGAGAUAAUCGUGGCAGAAGUUUUCACAUUUUCACGAAGAAGCUACGGUGCGCAGUCAACGGGAUUUCGCCAUUAAAAGCAGAGCUUCAGAUUUUCUUCAGCAUCGAAAUUUAGUUGAAACUGACCAACACUUUGCACCGCCGAUUAAUCUUACACACAUGAUUGGAAAAUUAUAAUUAUUAAAAAUUAUAAAUUGCAGUUUACAAUUUGAAAAGAAACGUCAAGGAUAAAGAAGUGCUAAGAAUAAGUUGAUAUAUAUCGAAGCUGCGAAAUUACACCGAUUUCAGAUGAUUGAUAAUUUGAUCUUUAACGAUAUGGGGAACGUAAUGCAAUUAGGCGAGGCCAAGGACGAGGAGAGCCUCAAGUGCAAUGACACGGCUCACAUGGAACUACCGAUCGAAUUGCGUUUCAAUGACGGCCACUUGGUGACGAUCAUCACUUACAGCAUCCUAAUGGUAAUAUCGGCCAUUGGAAAUAUUUCCGUGUUGACCAUAAUAAAAAAACGAAAGUCCAAGUCCCGGAUACAGAAUCUCGUAAUGCACUUGUCGAUCGCUGACCUCUUUGUGACAUUUCUGAUGAUGCCAUUCGAAAUCGGAUGGGCGAGCACUGUAUCCUGGGAGGCAGGAGACGCGAUGUGUCGCAUAAUGGCUUUCUUCAGGAUGUUCGGCCUGUAUCUUUCAUCCUUUGUAAUAAUCUGCAUAAGUAUAGACAGAUAUUACGCCGUGAUGCGACCUCUCCAAAUACUAGAUAUUCACAGGAGAGGGAAGAUAUUGCUGAUGCUUGCGUGGAUUGGCUCUGUACUUUGUUCCAUGCCACAGAUGUUGGUGUUCCAUCUUGAGACGCAUCCGAAUUACACUUGUUAUACUCAAUGUAUAACGUUCAAUAUCUUCCCAUCGUACGUGCACGAAGUUUCGUACAGUUUGUUCGGUAUGGUAGUAAUGUAUUGGCUCCCCCUGAUUGUAAUAUUCUAUACUUACACCAGUAUUUUCAUGGAGAUCUGCCGUAGAUCCAGAGAGAGGAGCGAAGAUCGAAUACGUCGCUCCUCGUGCGGUUUUCUAAGCCGAGCGCGAGUACGCACUUUAAAAAUGACGAUAACCAUUAUCGCUGUCUUUAUUAUCUGUUGGAGUCCUUACUACGUGAUGAGCGUUUGGUAUUGGAUCGAUCGAUCAUCAGCCCUCAAAGUCGACGCACGCAUUCAGAGAGCUCUUUUCUUCUUCGCGUGCACCAACUCCAGCAUGAAUCCCAUUAUCUACGGUAUCUUCAAUAUUCGUCAAAGAAACAAAGCACAGCUUCAGUCCCAUCCUCUUCUGAAGCUCGUCAACACAACUAUGGAACUUCCUGUUGUUGCAUACGCCAGAGAUUCCAUUUUCACCGUUUUCGUAAUAACAUUGCCGAUUCUUUUUAACCCUCCAACUUCAUAUAACAGACGUUCAUCGCAUGAUCGUAAUGGCGCCGAUGCGUACAGCCACCAUCGAGACCCGGGUCACGCCGCUGUCUCUAUCCGUCAAACUUCUCGAUUGUCAAUAAACGCGACGUUCGCCGGCUCGAAUAGAUGCGUUUAAACCAACGGUGUUGGCAAAAUAUCUGCGUCCUUUUGCAAAAAUAAGUUUUAGCAGUACUGCUGUCACGAACUGCAUGUUACAUAACGGCGCGGAUACCGUCCGGAAACUAUCGUGUACGCAGAGCAAUUCAAAAGUUCCUCAUCUUAUUCUGCCAGAUGCACGAUGAGAUCAAGCGAGAUGAAAGCGACUGUGAUUGAUCAAAUUAAAUCGCGCCCGAUGGAAGAAGAAGAUCCUCUGACGAAGUUGAAGAAACGCGGAAGAUGAAGAAAACAGAGAUUUUCCAGGGUGAACUCUAUGUAUUCAUUUGUCUCUAGAUGUAUUUAUUUUCAAGUUAGAUAAGAAGAUAAAAACCUUUAAAAGAAGAUUCUAGACUAAGUUUUUAUAUGCAUUUGUUACGAUAUAAGCAAACGUUGCAAAUGCAACCGUGAACGUGCUUCGUCGAGUAUGUGUUCUUUCUUUUUUUUUAUAUAUGUUUAUACUUUCGCGACACAAGGUUGUGCAAACAAGUUACGUAAGCUAUUUAUACACCGUUUAUGUUCCGUAUAUUUUUAUAAGGAGGAAAAAUAUCUCGAACAAAAUGUGUGUAUUUGCAU